AUGGCACUAAUUAAAUCUCUUCUUCUUCUCGAAGAAAAUUCGUCUCUAUCAACUCCGACCAUUUCUAAAGACGAUGAUUCUAAACGACUUACUACUAAUAUCGAAGUAAUUCAUACGAAUGCACUUAAAAAGGAAGAACAAAAAUUGCAGAAGUCUUCACUGCCAUCAUUUAGUGAGAAGGUGGCUCAUGCUGUUAUUGCGGCUAAUAUAGAACCUUUACCAAAUGAGAUUAUUAAUUCUACAUCAUCUGAACAACAUGCUCGUCGAACGGUAACAUUUGAUGAUGACAAAGCUUCUUCUCGAUCGAUUUCGAAUCAACCUAUUCGUACAUCAUAUAUAAAUUUUCGAUUACCUUAUCAUAAUUCAAUUCCAAAUAAUCAACAAGAGACAGAAUUAUCUAAUAACCGACAUUCAUUCGAUAUAGGUGUUGGUUCGGAUUCAUUGAGACUUACUAGACAAGAUUUAACUAAUCUCUUUUCGGAAGCUGAAUAUAUUCCAGGUGGUUUUGUUAAUCUCGAUCAUGAAUUAGAAGAAGAAUUAUUAAAUGAUUUUGCCGAUGAAUUCGACGAUGAAACAACACGACGUAAUCGAUAUAGUUCUUCAAUUCGUUCUAGUGAGCAUACUAUAAAUGUUACCCGAGAACCCAUCGAACUCUGGCAACGUGCACGUAUUCUUAUUGCUGUCCAUCUCUAUAAAAUUCAAAAUAAAACGCUUAAUUCAUAUGACAAUACAUUUUCUACGUCAAAAAUAAUCGAACCAUCGAAAAGAAAAACCAUUGAUGAUAAUAGACUUUCGAAUGAGAUCGAUCAAUUUGAUUAUUUAGAAAAACUAUUUGAACCAAAAGAAAAUAUAGAAGAACGAAAGAUUACAUUUGGUCUUUCAAUAAUACAACAAUUUUCACUUGAUUCUUCUCAACAAUAUCAAUGUGUAGAUUUUUAUGAUGUUGGAGAAGGAUAUAUUAUUAUGUGUAAUGUUGUCAAUUUGGAUAAACCACAAGUCAAUAUAAAAGAUUAUUCACAUCUAGGACAACUUCAAUUAUAUGAUAAAUCUAACAAUAAAAAAUGUCAAAUAUCUGAACCAAUUUUGAAUUUAACAACAGAUCCAUCAUUAACAACAGCCAGUAAACUUGUUGUGUAUCCUAUCAAUAAAAAAUCAUCAAAUAAAAUUCAAUCAAUUGAAUUUGACUGUCCUUUUCAAUUUAAUUUUAUGAUCUGUAUACCUAUUCAUCGCUUAAUUCUUGGUUUUAUUAAUAUAAAAAAACAAAAAUCAUUAAUGAUAAUAAUUGGUGAUGCAUCACGUAAAGGUGUUUUCCUAUCAAAACAAGAUUUACCUGAUUAUAUUUAUUGCAUUCUUUAUAUACAUGAAUCAACAAUGCUUUUUGCUGGUAUGAAAAACUAA